ACACUUUGACAGAUUCAUUUGCAAUGGCACACGAUCAUCACGAUCAUUCUAACUGCAACCACGAUCACAGUGUUGAUAAGCUAUCUGCGGCCACUAGUCAGCUGACAUCUCAACAGCGGGCUGUAGACAAACUAGCAAAGGCUCUAGUAGAGAUGCAAGAGUUAGCAAAUUUGCAUAAAAAGUCAAUCCAAGAUAAACCUACCUCCAAUGAACCUGUGAACAAAGCUGAUGUGGAAUUACUGAUGAAGGAAUUUUGUUUAACAAAAGCUGAAGCAGAAAAGGCUUUAAGAGCUAACAAAUCUGAUUUGGUUGCUACCAUAACCGAAUUAAUCAAAGCUUAGAUGAAGAGUGCCUCAAACAAAGUAAUUAGAAUAUAAUAUGGUACAGCUAAACAAUUCAUAUACAACAUACCAACCCCAUAUUGAAGUUAAAUUAAUAAAAAAUAUCGGGCGGGUCUCUUCAAAUUAUCAUUUGGAGUAUUUCUUUUCGACAAUGUGAAAAUUUUCUGAUCCUGCAACGAUGUCCCGUU